UGAAAAUAAAUCAUUGAACUGAUUAUAUGUUCAAGAGGUACAUGUUCCAACUUAGCCACUUUUUAAAAUCCCUAAUUCCCAACUGCUUCUAGUAAAAACAACAGAUAAUGCACUCCGAAAAUCUGUUCACCUCUGCAGUAAUACACAUUUAUGUAUGAAGUAUAACUACUGAGUUUUUUGCUUUGUAUUCCAAAUCUAUCUGUGCAAAUGUCCCAUCCUAACCAUAUGUGUUCACUAAUGGUUAUGUUUUACAACUGUCUAUAUUAGUAGAGUUUUAUACACAUUUCCUUAUUUUGUAUUAUUUUCAUUUAUUUAUCUAUCUAAAGUGAUCUUUUAAAGUUAAUUUUUAUCCACACCCACACAAAAAUUCCCAGAAAAGUGAGCAUUUACUCUCGCUUUCUGAUUCCCAACAGUAUCUAAUUAGCAUGCUAUACAUGAUCUCUCCAAAGAUACAUCCAUGGUUCCAUCUGCACUGCCACAUAAUGCAGUUUCAAUCCCUCAUUAUGUAGUUAGUGUAGACUCCUAUAAAGCAGCUCACAAACUUCCUCUGAAUAACUCUUGCCCAAAAUAACCUGUGAUAGGGUCACUGAAUGCCAGAAUCUACUUAAAGGUACAUACAGUAGAGUCUCACUUAUCCAAGCUAAACGGGCCAGCAGAAGCUUGGAUAAGCGAAUAUCUUGGAUAAUAAGGAGGGAUUAAGGAAAAGCCUAUUAAAAAUCAAAUUAGGUUAUGAUUUUACAAAUUAAGCACCAAAACAUCAUGUUAUGCAACAAAUUUGACAGAAAAAGUAGUUCAAUACGCAGUAAUGUUAUGUUGUAAUUACUGUAUUUACAAAUUUAGCACCAAAAUAUCACGAUAUAUUGAAAACAUUGACUACCAAAAUGGCUUGGAUUAUCCAGAGGCUUGGAUAAGCGAGGUUUGGAUUAGUGAGACUCUACUGUAAUAGGAAAAUGGUAGAAAGACAAUCUUGCUAAAGAGAAGUGUUGUUAGGACUGCUGUCUUCUUACUUUCUCCCAUCGCUAGCUCUGAGAAGGCCUAUGUCAUGUCAUGUCUCCAUGACUAUGCUCUGGCAACAAUGGGCAGGCUCUCAUUGGGCGUUUCCAGAUACCGCCAAAACGAGGGACAAAGAAGUGGGUUUUUUAAAUGUGGGACCUCAAAGGUAGUCCAAACACAGAUCUGUCAGUCCCGCUGAAUAGUCCCCUGCCAUCCUCACAGCUGUUUUUGGUAGUGAAUUAAGAUGGAGGGUAGAUGGGGGACAUCUGGUGGAAGUUUUUUUUACAAAAAAAAUAUCAAUCCAGAGCUGCACAUAUGCGCAUAUGAGGUCCAGUGCAUGACUGAGCAAUUUUUUAAAAAUACUUCCCUCAGAUCUCUGUCUUCCCCCAAUUGUUAAUUCAAGCUCUGUUUAACACUACAAAGUGUAAAAGACAGAAUUUGAGAGAGUUGUAUUUGCUUUCCACUUGUGCUUCUCUGAGCCACCUGUGUCUCCAUUUGACAGCUGAACAACUGUUUUGAGCUUUUCAGAAACGCAUCAUGCUCUGGAAGAGUUCAGAUGGGGGAAGAGAAGGAAAGCACGUGUUUUCCAUGACUGCAGGGAUACACAGGCAUGGAAAGGUGUGUGUUUUGCAGGAAAAAUUAGGUUUAAAUGGCACCUUUUAAACACGUUUUCCAGCCCUCAACCCGAUUCCUCCUUAUUCCUCCCGCACAUUGACUAAAUAUCAUUCAGCAACCCCCACUUAAACUGCUUCCUCUCUGGUUUUAAUGCAUGUGUAGAAGGGCCCUUUGUGACUUUUUUUCCUUCCUCCAUUUUCCUCAUACACCUUUCCCUCUCUUUUCUUUCUUUUCCUUUCUUGUCCUUCCUUUCUCUUCCCUUUUUUCUCUCUUCCUUCACUUCCUUUAUCCCUUCUUCCCUCCCUUCCUUUCUUUUCUCUUCCCUUCUCUUUCCUUCCUUCCUCCCUUCCCCUCAUACACAUGUUACCUAGCAGCAGUCAAACCACUUCACCCCCUUUCUCUCUCAGUGACAUCACAGACACCAAUUCACCUAGUAACAGCCAAUCCUUCACCAACCACAGCCAAUCCUCUUUUCUUUUCUUCUGCUCUGGGUCUGAAAGGGGUGGGUUUUUAAAGUUCAAGCCCACAAUUAUUUAAGUUGGGUAAUGAAGGGUCUAUAUGCCAAGUCUGAUCUAGAUCCAUCAAAUUAUAUAGGAGUCUUUGUGAUACAAAUGGACAAACCAACCAACCAAUAAACAAACAUACAAGUACAUUGACUUUUACAUAGAAAAAUAGAUUCCUGUUCUAACACAGAUAUUUCCUCUUUUUGUUAUGUACCUUUAAAUUGGCUUUGAGUUAUGAUGAGUCUUUCUUAUGGUGUUUUUUGACCAGAUUUAUUCAGAGGUUUGCCAUUGCCUUCCUCUGAGGCUGACAAAGUGUAAAUUGCCGAAGGCUUCACAGAGGGUUUCCUUAGCUGAGUGGGGAUUUGAACCCUAGUCUUCCUGAAUUAAACUCCUGAUGCUGCACUGGGCUUCUGCAGGUGCAAUUAAACAUUUUAAAAAUGUCUAUCAACUUCAUUCUUGUAAUCAAGAUCAGUCUAGUUUGACCUUUAGUAUACAUCAGGGCAGGGCAGGAAUGUAAUACUCACCUCAAUUAUGAAGGUGCACAUUACAAAAAGUGGAUUUGCACUCAAAUGUAAUGUGCUGCAACAUAUAUUUUGCCAGAUCCAUUGAGAAUAGAAUAUUCCUCUUCUAUCAUUCCUGAAAAAUGCCUCAACACCCUCUUUAUUCCUUUACAAAACCAAAAUAUCCUUACCCAAAGGUGAUAGUUUGACUUGCCCAAUGUUUGAAGGACUAAAUUCUGAGGGCUAUAGGGUUUGUGAGAGAAGAGAAUCAGAUCUCAACCCCACCCCCACCAUAGGGCUUUGGAUAAUAAAAUAUGUACACCAUGCUUUUUAAAGUAUCUUCAGCUACCAUUAAGAAGGAGUUGUCUAUGUAAUUAUUCAAGAACAUCUUCCUAUUUUUAAUGUGCAUUUCAUGCUCCCCUACAAAUUGUGGCUCUUAAAAAUAACUAUACUAGCCUGUAAAAGGCUAAGGCUUAGAUUCAGUCAGCUUGUAGGGUCCUGCUAAAUUCACACACAUUUUCCAUUGCUUAACUAAAGAAAGAAAACUUCCUGUGUGUUCUGCUUUUGUUUCAUUUCAUGCCAGUUAUGCAAAGUAAAGAGCAGUGGAAUGGACAGGAGGUGAGACAAGAUUUCCAGAAUGCAGACAUACAAGGCAUACCGUUUCUUCUAGAAAACAGUGUCAUAGUAAAUUGUAUAUAUAUAUAUUCCCCUUGUAGCUUAUAGAUGUGAGUGGCGAAAUCCUUAUUCCCUUUCUUCUAUAUUUAAGCUUCCAUUGUGAAAAGUAAAAUGUGUCAAUCCUAGGAAACAAAAAUUACUCCUUCAUGGUCUAGGUUUUGAUAGAAGGAAUAUAGAGAAAUGCCCCAUAGAGAUUGAUAGGCAAAAAUAUGACUGUAGAAUUAUGGAAUAGUGGAGGACUUUAUCAGCUGAAACUGAUUCCUUGUUGAAAAGGAAAGCAUGGGCUUCAUUUGCAAUUCUGAUUGCUCAAACUAAUAAUUAUAUAACAAUUAUAUACCUGAUAGGGAAAUGCACUCACUGUUUCUUAUCACAAAUGCAGCAUUUUUCAAUUUAAGCUAAAUGGAAAUAAGAUUGAAUCUAGGGUAGCUAAGAGUGGCAGGUUGGUUGUGGGAAGUGCCAGCUGAGCCAUAACUGGGAGUACACAGGGAGAAAAUAAGGGCAUCUAUGCAUUUGGUCCUUGACUUUGCAUCUCAGCUUCUUAUCCUUUCCUCUUAUCUGACCUGCCCUCCUUCUUCACCCUUGAGCACUUAAUCAGGCUCUACUGUCUGAUUAGGUACCAGCAAAGCAGCUUGGUAAGCAGCUAAACCCGUCUUUCCUAGCCCUUUGGCUGCAACUGUUCUGCAGUCCUUGAGGAUAAGCCUGGCUUAGCUGAGGCUUUCCAGCCUUAAGGGUGAUUAAGAAGACAGGAAUGCUUUGGAGGUGGCAGGAACAGCUAUCUUGUAGUCAUGCCAGAAGAGCCCCCAGGACCAAUAAGGUAUAAAAGGCGCAUUCAAAACCACACUUGUGAUUCCUUAUCUGCUCGCCAUGGUACCCCCGCCUGUCCUCGCAUUUAUGAUUCUAUGCCAUCCAGGUGACAAAGGGAUGUGAACCGAAGCCAGGUUCUCUUCUUGUCUCCUGAAUCCAGUCUCAUUUAGCAACUUUCUAGGGAUCCUUCCCCGAACUGAUCCCCUUUGUCUAUUUCUCUCUUCUUCUUGUCCCAUCUACCCAAUCCACCUAACAUCCAUCUCACCAUACUUUCAACUCUCUGUUAUCACCACUUUCUUCUCCCUUUCUGCAAUCAUGACCAUGCAGAAAUCUCGGCCUGACUCCCGGGAUAAUCUCCCUGAAGACUUCUUUAUCCCAGUGCCCUUGGACGUUGCCAAUAUCACAACCCUCAGCCCUUUCCUGGUACCUCAGACUCACCUGGGUAACCCAAGCCUCUUUAUGGGCAUGGCUGCCUUCAUGUUCAUCUUGAUUGUACUAGGGGUGCCCAUCAACGUUCUCACCAUCUUCUGCACCUUCAAAUACAAGAAGCUCCGUUCCCACCUGAACUACAUCUUGGUCAACCUUUCCGUGUCAAAUUUGUUGGUGGUCUGUGUUGGAUCUACCACUGCCUUCUACAGCUUCUCAAAUAUGUACUUCUCUCUGGGUCCCACUGCCUGCAAGAUAGAGGGAUUUUCUGCCACGCUGGGGGGUAUGGUAAGCCUAUGGUCUUUGGCAGUUGUAGCCUUUGAAAGAUACCUAGUAAUCUGCAAACCCCUGGGAAACUUCACCUUCAGGGGUACACAUGCCAUCAUCGGCUGUGCUGUGACCUGGAUGUUUGGCUUAGCGGCUUCAUUACCACCCCUCUUUGGCUGGAGCAGAUAUAUUCCUGAGGGUCUCCAGUGCUCCUGUGGCCCUGACUGGUACACAACAGAAAACAAGUGGAACAAUGAGUCAUAUGUGAUCUUCCUUUUCUGCUUCUGCUUUGGAGUGCCACUGUCUGUUAUUAUCUUCUCAUAUGGCCGUCUUCUUCUCACCCUGAGAGCUGUUGCAAAGCAGCAGGAGCAGUCAGCCACAACACAAAAGGCCGAGAGAGAAGUGACCAAGAUGGUAGUAGUGAUGGUGAUGGGCUUCCUGGUUUGCUGGCUACCAUACGCCUCCUUUGCGCUGUGGGUAGUAACACACCGUGGGGAGCCUUUUGAUGUUCGCCUGGCUUCCAUUCCUUCUGUCUUCUCCAAAGCUUCCACAGUUUACAACCCGGUCAUCUACGUCCUCAUGAACAAACAGUUCCGCUCCUGCAUGCUGAAGCUUAUCUUCUGUGGCAAAAGUCCCUUUGGCGAUGAGGACGAUGUUUCAGGUUCUUCGCAAGCCACCCAGGUCUCCUCGGUGUCCUCCAGCCAAGUGUCCCCAGCAUAACCAGGAGCUUUAUCUCUGGGAACUCUACUUCUGCAUACAGCACCACCCCUUGUCCUGCACAGCAGGAAGCUCCUGGUGUGUGUGUGUUAUUCCUGCAGAUAGCCUGUUUCAGAGCUGUUUUUCCUUGCAGGCCUUUGGCUACUGCACAGACCACUCCCACUAUAUAUCCCACUAUACAUUACUCCAUAAGCUUUUGUGCUUUAUCAACAGUUGUAUUCGUGGACUACAUCUUCAGGCCCCACUAAGGUGAGUGAAAUAAUCACCCGCACACUGGAAACACAAUAGUUGGAAAUUCAGGAAGCAUAGUUCUCAGGUACAGCCAUGUCCCUUGACACAUGGAAGUGGGAUCUGGCUGGUCCAGCCUUCCUUGUUUGUAUCACUGCAGGCAUUUCUGUAAAAGAAAGAACAGUUGGCUUAUAUGAAUUGGAGCUGGGUGUGAUAUGAGCUGCUAGUUUGACAAAACCAAUUUCACUGUGAGGAAUAUAUUAAUCUACUACCACUCCCACAGAAAUGGCCCCUCUUCGGCAGCAUGAGAAGUGAUACAUCAACAAAUGAGUUUCUCCUUUUAAGGCUGCAGCUUAAGGAAAGAAGUAUUUCUUCAACCUCACAGUCUAGUUCUUUCUGUAUUUCAUUCCCUCCAGCAGGGGGCAGCAGGAACACACACCAGUGUCUGCAGAAAACAAGCUCUUCAAAAGUAGAAUGAACCAGGAGCCCAGGCACAUAGCCACCCAGGUGAAUUGGGUGGCCCUAAAUCUUGAUUUUGGAUACUUUAUAAUGACAGUUGCAAGGCAUGGAUCCCUAGAAUUGGCUUGAACAAAUACAGAACAAAUGCAGCCAUACAUCCUGCAUUCCAUGUAUUAUUUGCACACAUUUCAGUGGAUACCCCAGAAUAAUCAUGUCAGAAGAUACUCAACAGUCAUUCCUUGCGUGUUCUUUCUCCAGCUUUCCAUUAAAAGUAUGUGCAUGGGACACAGAGGAAGAUUCCAAAAUGUAAUUUUACAGUGUAUUCUACUUUCACAUAAUCUCAAGCAUAGAUUUUCAAGUUCUUGUGUGUGUGUGUGUCAGAAAAGAGGGAGGCUACCAAAAAAGUAAGAAUAAACAAUAUUUUGCAUUUACAAAUCAUGUUUAACAGGUUCAAAGCACUUCACUUGAAUUGUUUUAAUAGUUUUUACAAGAGCCCCAGGGUGACAGAACGGUGUUAUCUGUGUAACCAAGGGGGAACUGACCUAGAGGAAUGAAGUUUUGCCAAAGGAUAUUGGGUGAGUUGAUGACAGAGACAAGACUUGAACUGGGGAUAUUUUUGUUUACUACCAGAUAACAGUAUUAUAGAAAACUCAUGACUUGAUAAAGGCUUCAGUCAUUUGAACUUCUGAGGAUGGUUGUUUGCAGUUUUCCCUCUGCAACUUACUCCCACCUGCCAGUGUCAUGGAAAAGUAAGAAAUGGAAAAAAAUAAGUGUAAUGGGAGAAAGUGCAGCAGCGCUCAUUGUGAAAUAAGCUAGGAUGCAAUCUCAAGAGCUUGAGGGGUCAAAUUAUGUCCAUAUAUCCUCUCAAAAGCUAUUGUAAAGACAGUUGCCAGUAAACGUGCAUGGCUCCAGGUCCUUCUACCUUCCCACAUUAUUUGUAUACUCAUCAUCUAUCUCCCCGUUGUGCCAGAUAAGCUGGGCUGAUAAUAGGCCAAUAACCUCAUUUCUGCUGUGCAGCCCCUUUCAACACCCCUCAGUGGGUUUUGCAGGGCAGUGGUUGUUGUAUUUUGUAAAUAUAGAGUAGUCCUUUUGACCUCCCCCUAUUUCUGUAAUUCCCAUCAUGUUAAUAAACUACCUGCUCCUAUGCCGUCCCCUGAUUAUACGAAUAAAUGAGAUUGAGAUGCAAGUCUUGAA